AGUUUCCCUCUGCCCUGGUUUCCCUGAAAGCCCGUAACACAGGCCGCUAAAAUCAAGCUGUGUGGGCGCCAUACCUGCGAUUUACGAGCGUGUCGGCUUAACUUUUGUCUCUCCCGUUGGUUGCCCGCCGGGGAACUGCUAGAAUCACGCUUGUCCCUCAGGUUUGACCCAUCAUCGGGCUCGGUGCACGCGCACCAAUAAUGGUGCACGUCACGGCCAUGUCCACGUCCUAGACAUCCAACUCACGCAUCCUAGCGCGACUCAAGCUGCCGAGCCAUCUAACUUUUGGCGCACCAAGGCAGCGCUCGCUUAGUGCGUUUGGCAUAAUGAAAGCAUUUGUAUCUUAGCAAUUAUCACUGCUCCUGCACGCCAUCGGCUGCUGGGCUCUGAGGCUUGUGUCGACAAGCUUUUGCGGACAUGUCACCGUGCGCGCGUUGGGUCCUUGCUAACGCUUUCAAUGUAUCCGCGCACACUGAGUCCAUGUUCAAGGAAAAUCUGAGGCUAUAAACGGAAGGGAAAGGGAAAGGGAAAGGGAAAGGGAGAGAGAGGGGACGGAAUUUAGAAAAAGGGAGAAGGGGAGAGCAAAACACACACGGUUGCCGCAGUUUUCCUUCAAUUCUCCAAGCUUCAGGGCAUUGUGCAAAACAUACCUCCUUCGAAAUGGAAGCCUGCUUUUUAGCUUUUCCGCGCGCUCUGCUGCCGCCGCGUGGUAGGCCACUGCGUCAAUUUGCUUGCCGACAGCCACAAAUUAGUUGCCCGCGGCAUGGAUUGUUGGCCUUUCACAUGAGCAUCCAUAAUCAGCACAAGUUUCUUGACAUUGGACGCGCUUUAGGCGUGUCGACCGCUUCGGCACAUUCAAUCGAGCAUGAGAGCGAGGCCCUGUCGCAGCCGGGUGCAGUAGCUGACGCCGCAAACUUCACGUGGACGAACCAAUGGUACCCGGUGGGCUUCCUGGUGGAUCUGCCACGGGACGCGCCCAUCCCCUUCAGCCUGUUCGACAACCACCUGGUGGUCUGGCACCAUGGCGGCACCGACGGCGGCGGCUGGGGCUGCAUGUCGGACCAGUGCCCGCACCGCCGCGCACCGCUGAGCCGCGGCCGCUUGUACCGGCAGCAGCAGCAGCAGCCGCAGGGCAAGGCGGCGGCAGGAGGAGUGGCAGGAGGAGCGGGGGGAGGAGCCGGGGGAGCGGAGCAGCCGGUGUUGUUGGAAUGCAGCUACCACGGCUGGCAAUUCAACAGCGGCGGCGACUGCGUCAAACUGCCGCAGAUGCUUCACCCUGACUACGAGAAGCAGCUGCAGCAGCAGACACCACCAGUUACAAGCGGCGGCGCCGCCGGCAGUAGCAGCGCUGCCGGCAGUAGCAGCACCAUCGGCAGUAGCAGCGCCGCCGCCGCUGCCAGCGGCCCGCAGCGGCAGGCGGCGGUGCUGCGGCGCUGUGGGGGGCAGGCCUACCGCACUGCCGUGGCGCAGGGCAUGGUGUGGGUGUGGUGGGGCGAGGCGGCGGCGGCGGACGAGGCCGCCAUUCCCCUGGACUUUGCAGAGCUGGGCGCUCGGGCUGGCGAGCAGUGGGCACUGGUGGACCAGUUCACACGCGACUUCCCAUACGACUGGGAGACCAUGGUUGAGAAUGUGGUGGAUCCUGCGCACGUGGCCUUUGCGCACGACGGCACGGGGCAGGGGCUGGACAGACACGCCUCGCCGCCCCUGGAGCUGCANGUGGGUGGCGGGGAAGGCGACAACGGAAACAGCACCACCACCACCACCACCUCCUCCUCCUCCCCCGCUGCCACCACAUACACCACCUCCUCUCCCGCUGCUCCCGCUGCCGCCACCUCCUCCUCUCCCGCUGCUCCCGCCGCCUCCUUCUCCGCCGGCGCCUGGUCGCAUCUGGUCUUCCGCGCGCCCUGCCUGGUGUCGAUGCGGUUCGCGCUGCCGGGCCGCGGCGAGGCGGGGCUGGUGCUGUACUGCGUGCCGCUGGGGAGGGGCAGGUCGCGCAUGGUCGCCCGGCUGCCGCGCAACUUCGCCACGGGCUGGCGGGCGGGGCUGCAGCCGCGGUGGGCCAAACACCUGCCGCGCAUGGGCGUGCUGGACCAGGACAUUGAUCUCCUGCGUGAGCAAGAGCAGAUCAUGCUCCAAGCCCGUCUGGCAGACCUGCAGCAGCAGGGGAGUGCAACUGGCAGUAGCAGCGGCGGCAGUAGCACGGUGGAUGCAGCAACCGUGGCGGCGGCGCCGGCGGCUCCGCACCGCAUCAGUGGCGAUUGGCGGCGCGGUUAUGUGAUGCCCGCCCCCGCGGACCGCUUCGUGCUGGCCUUCCGCCGCUGGCUAGACGCCGGCCCCGCCGCCGCCCGGCCCUGGGCGGCAGGCGCCGAGGCGGCGUACCUGGCGGCGGCGGCGGCGGCGGCGGCGGCGGGAGGGCGGGACCCGCUGCCCCGCGAGGUGGUGCUGGACAGGUAUCACUCCCACGUCAAGUCAUGCAGCGCCUGCAGCGGCGCCCUCGCCAACUUCCGACGGCUCGCGGCAGCAGCGGCUGUAGCAGCCGGCCUGGCGGUGGCUGCAGCAGCCGGCCUGGCGGCGGCGGCUGUAGCAGUGGCUGACGUCAGCGCGGCGGCGCUAUGGGCUUCGCCCACGCCGGCCUCGGCGGCGGCGGCCGCCGCCGCAACCACUGUGUCUCCGGGCCCGGCGGCGGCGGUGGCGGCGGCUCUGGCGGCGGUGUUUGCGGCGGUGGCGGCGUGGGCGAAGCACAUGGCGCAGCGGUUCGUGUACACGGAGGAAGGCAUGGAGCUGCGGCUGAAUGAGAACAGGUGGUUGCGGCGGUUGCUGUUCAGCGGCACCAACAGCUUCAACUCCAUGGUGGCGCUCACCAACCGCCGCCCCGGCAGCACCAGCAGCAACGGCUCUAACGGUUCUAACGGAAAGCCCGCAACCGCCUGAGUGGCAGAGGAGUGGCACGUAGGCACGAACACGAACACGGACGGGAGCCAGGAUUCUGGAGGGGUGCUUGCGUGUGUGUGCGGGUGCGAAUGUGGGCACGGUGUGGGGGCAGGAAUCCGGGGGGACCGCCACGCGCACGUACCUGCAUGCAUGGGCACGGAUGCGCGUGUGUUGCAUUCGGACGGGAAGUAGCAGACGGCCCAUCAGGAAGCAGAAGGCAAGGGGGUUUCGGCUUGGGGGUUUCGGCCACGUCGUGCUCUUGUAUCUUACGGAGGCAGGCCCGGCGCGGCGUGUAUGGGUGGUGGGGCGGGAGGUUGAGAAGGGAGGUCGCAGGUCGCAGGAUGGGUUGGGAUGCUGCGUGCGGUCACGCGGGAUGCAGCAGCAGGAGUGGUGCAUCCACCGCUCGGACGGGCACGGGCCGGGGAAGGGCAUUUCACGUGAUCCAAUGCCGGUAAUCAUGAUUCGUGACGAACUGACAAUGCGAAUGGCUCGAAGGCGGUGGAAAGGAAUCGGCGUGCGCCGUGAUGUAGCGACAUGGGGUGAUGGGGGCUAGUGUGCGCUUGCCGGCAUGCCGCGUGCGCAUGCAUGCAUGUGCCCUGCGUGGUCGGGAGCCUGAGGGGCGCGAUGAUGGUGCUGAGUGCUGAGACACGGGGGUGCGGUGCGUGCCGGGGUGCCGUGCCCACCCCGCGUGUGGUGCGGCUGGGCAUUGUGUCGGUGACUCGGUCGUCGGCGCUGGAAGGAUUGAACGAAGAUGGGAUUUGUGUGGGCGAGACCAGCAGCUGCCCGAUGCAUGUGCAGCAGGGCGGGGCGGGGCGGGGUGUUGGCUGGUCGGUGCCGCAUGUGAGUCACGUGUGGGGGCGAACUCGCCUUGCUUGGCGGCGGGCGGUGAGGCAAAGUGUGGAGAAUUUGGGUCGCACAGCUGGCGGGCUAUGAGGCGCCGACUCGGAAGGACACAUUGCAUGUCCUUA